CGACUUUCAAAAGUGAAGCUUAUCAGGUAGAAGGACUCUACGAAUAGAAAUGUUGGAAGAUCGAACUCUAGACCUCCAGCCUGAUCUCCUAAGAGCUUCCUCUCUAAGAUCCUCGGAUCCUGUUUUUCUGUUAUGACAGACUUGAGUCUAUUAUCACUCAUAGAUUAUCCUUAUGUAUCGGCCAAAUUACAUUUGUGUUGCAUAAUUCCUUGGGAGAUGAACACUUGCGACCAAUAUUUUAGCAGAAAAAGUUUGAACUUCUAUCGACUAAAUAUUUAACUUUGUUGCUACCUGUAGGUAGGCAAGCAAAGUCACAUCAUCUUCGUAGCGAGGAAGGAAAAACCAAAGAACACAAGAUGAAGAACUUGCGGAAUGUGGUGAAGCGGCGGGUGCACUUGGAGCGACACCAGCCGCUCGCUAGACAGAAGCUAGGUCUCUUGGAGAAGAAAAAGGACUAUGUCUUGCGUGCGAAGGACUACCACAAGAAGCGCGACCAUGUUGCGCAUUUGCAAGAGAAAGUGCGGCAGCGUAACCCUGACGAGUUCGCAUAUGGCAUGCUCCGUGGCAAGAUCGAUGACGCCACAGGCAAAUUCAAGACCUUACAUAGUAAAGCGGCACUUGUCGGUCACGGCCGCACCGGUGCGGACAAGCUUUCUGCGAAAAAGGCAUCUGGACCUGCCGGCAAAAAGUUGUCAAAAGAGCAGGCUCAAAAAAAUCGGGAGUUUGACCACUUGAGUAAGGACGAGCAGCGCACAGCGGAAACGGCUGAUCGGGAGUACGUGGAGUGGCGGCUUCGACUCGACAAGAAAAAAACAGAAAAACGAGAUGGGGAGAUGCACUUCAUUGGCUACAAAGAUGCAAACCAAAAGCAUGUAGUUUUCGAAGGCGACAACGAAGAGGACCACAGCGACGAUGUUGACGAAAAAGCUCUUGCCAGUGAAAAAGAAACUCAUCGCCUAGAUGUAGGACAGCCGUCAAAUAAAGCGAGCGUCUCCUCCGCAUCUUCCUCUUUAUCAGGAAAGAAAAGUCGAAGUGCACUUCGAAAAGAGCAGCGUAGGGCUCAAAUCCUCACUGCUGCCAGGCAUGCAGACUUAGUCAAGGCGGAACAGGAAAAUGAGCGAACGCAAAAACUCCAGAGUGUGCUCAGUGCUAUGCAGAAUCGAAGAGAUGCUCAGGCAAAAGGUAAAAAGACAGCAAUCACUGACAAAAAAGGUAAGGUCAUUCAUUACCGAUUCGCGAAGCGUCGCGCCAAAUGAUUAGUAAGCGUCGUAUAUGGACCUUCUAGUAGUAUAGAGUUCGUUAUAUCUCCAUAACACUACAAUUCAUACUCGAAGAAAUUAUCGACGAUUAUGAUUCGACGAUGUUUUAUAUGUACAUGCUUUCCUUUUUUUGCUUUUUCUAGUUAGGUUGGCUCCACCACUUAUAUUGGCGAAAUGAAACCCCCCUGAUGUUGCCGUUGGAACCAUUAUGAAUCCCUUGCACGAGAAAGUAUGUUUGUCCAGGACAGGAUCGAUGUUUAAGCACAUCUUUCCUCGUUUCAGCAGCUGUUCGAUAUUCGAAAAAGAGAGGAUUGAACGAUUUCUAAGUCGAGUCUAGAAUGAGAACGAGUCUAGGAAACGCCUCCAGUAUGCUCAUUGAUAAAAGCAUACGCGUGACAUGAUUUUAGAAUUUCUAAGAAUGGAGGUCUCUACAAGCAAGAUUCUAGUGUCGUGUGGUCGCGGAUCCUCUCAUGUUCUCCUCUUGAAAUCGAAAUGUAAUCGUUGGGGAAUAAAGAUUAUCGAUCAGUUGUUUCUUCAUGUAAUAUUCUUUAUAUAGAGAGGGCCAACAAAGUCGUGAGCACGAUAACAAAC